CAUAAAUUGCCACAACCUACAAGGCUGCCACCUAAACAAUCCUUCUUACACAGUGGUUGAAAUUGACACCCUUUAAGGACUCAAAAUACCAUUUGGAUUUGUCCAAACAAACAAACCUCAAAUAAUUAUCUCUAAAUUGGGUCACAACCCAUAAGAGUUCUUGAUCCAUAAAAAAAAAUGGUGGAAUUAAAGUUUCUUGGAAUGGAUUUUGGUUGUGCACUUGGAUCCCUUAGUAAUGGUGAAUUUCCAGAAAAAGAUUGUUUGCUUCCUUUAAUUUCCAAGCUUUUGGGUUAUGCAAUUGUUGCUGCAUCCACAACUGUUAAGCUUCCUCAGAUACUUAAAAUUGUGCAACACAAAAGUGUUAGAGGUCUUAGUGUUGUGGCGUUCGAGCUCGAACUAAUUGGUUAUACCAUUGCUUUGGCAUAUUGUCUUCACAAAGGGCUUCCAUUUUCAGCUUUUGGCGAGUAUGCUUUUCUUUUGAUCCAAGCUAUAAUUUUGGUUGCCACUAUCUACUAUUUUUCUCAACCUUUGGGAAUGAAGACAUGGAUGAAAGGAUUACUAUAUUGUGCUGUAGCACCGACUAUUUUGGCAGGUCAACUUGAUCCCGUUCUUUUCGAGGCUCUCUAUGCUUCCCAACAUGCAAUCUUUCUUUUUGCAAGAAUUCCGCAGAUAUGGAAGAACUUUAAGGGCAAAAGUACUGGUGAACUGAGCUUUUUGACAUUUUUUAUGAACUUCGCCGGUUCCAUGGUUAGAGUUUUUACCAGCCUCCAGGAAAAAGCUCCCAUGAGUGUUGCCUUGGGAUCUGCACUCGGUGUACUGAUGAAUGGUACCAUCUUGAGUCAGAUUAUCAUAUAUCAAAAGCCAACACCCCAGAAAGCGAAGAAGAAAGAUUAGAAGUUUCAGCACAGCAUGCUGGAAUUGCUCUGGCAACUUGUUUCACUCUGCACCCUGGAGCUCACACUCAUGAUCAUCGAGCGCAAAGAAGAACGUGGAUAAUUCAUCCAUCUAAGAUACCCUGAGAAUUUGUCAUAGUGUUUCGCUUAUUUCAAAUUAUAGAUUGAUCAAUCAGUUAAAGAAGUUUCCAUUUUCACUUUUAGCAUAGUCUCAAUGGGAUUUUUUUACAUGAAGUAUGCUAACACAUAGGUGUAACAAUUUCUUUUUUGUUCCAUUCCUGAUAGUGCUUGCAAGGAGGUUGGGGAAAAUGUGCUCAUAAUGGACUUCUUGUGUUGGAGUCACCAACAAAGUAUUGUCAUUUGUCAACCAAUCUGUUGCUGGAUUAUGAGCUAAAAAUGAAGUAUUUGCAGCUGGAAAUAUGGCCAAAGACAAAAA